AUGCCGGGGAGGGGAUGUCGCAAGUGGUGUGCGAGGAAGCGUGGCAAUAGGGUGGGAGUCCAUGCUAGGCUAAAAACAAACCCUAGCCGGCCUGCUCUCCCGUCCAUGCUGUUCUCCCUUGUUUGCUCUCUGGACAAUAAACUGGACUACAUCCAACUCCAGAAGGCAACAGGGCAUGAGUUUAGAGACUGCGUUGUCUUUGUCUUCAUGGAGACGUGGCUCAGCAAUCAAGUUCCGGACGCUGCCAUUCAGCUAGACAGUGCAUACAUGGCAUCAGUGACCAGCCUCAUCAGCAAGUGCAUUGAUGAUGUCACCGUCCCCAAGACAAUCACUACACGCUCCAACCAGAAGCCGUGGAUGACUGCGAAGGUGCGUGCACUGCUGAGGACCCGAGACUCCACCUUCAAGGCGGCCCCAAGAACAGCGAGGACCAAAAUAUCCUGGAUCAACAGACAGGCAAAGCGCACACACGCCCAGAAAAUCCACAAUGACUUCACGGAUAGUGGCGACAAGCAAUGCAUGUGCCAGGGCAUUCAGGCCGGCCAUCAGAAGCUACAAGACAGAGAUGGCUCCCUUCCAAAUGCACUGAACAACUUCUACGCUCGGUUUGAGGUGCAGAAUGAUGUGGCGGGCAAGUUUGGUUAUUUUCCAAGGGCACUGCAGCAUGUCUUGAGCUGCCGUCCAUUCCCCGAAAACUGUAGACAUUUGCCACCCACCUCCUCUUACACAAGAUGGGAAAGAACAGAAUGCCAGAAUCUGACCUUUAACAAUCCACUCGACUGCUCCCAUAUACAAUCUGAGCUUCACUUUAUUAUGGAGACCCUGAGCAAAGAAGAGGAAGACUACCCUCUGGCCUUCAUCAUCACUAUCCACAAAGACCUGGAGAUGUUUGUGCGUGUUCUCAGAGCCAUCUAUGCACCACAAAACAUCUACUGCAUUCACGUAGAUGCCAAAGCUCAAGAAGACUACAAAAUGAGAGUUGAGAAAUUGGCAGAGUGUUUUCCCAAUGUCUUUCUAAGCUCAGUUAGCGAGAAAGUAACCUAUGCAGGUUUUUCUCGUCUGAAGGCUGACAUUAACUGCAUGGAGGACCUGGUGAGGUCUCCAGUAAAUUGGCAAAAGGUGAUCAACCUAUGUGGCCAGGAUUUCCCUGUCCAGAGCAACCUGGAGCUGGUCCGAUAUAUGCAAGAUGCAAACUGGAGAGAUUAUAAUAUGGCUCCAGGAAUCAAACAGCCAAAAUACAUACGACACAGGACUGAAAUACAACACAAGGAAGUCACAGGUCGCUAUGUGGCCUCCCUGGGUAAAGAGCACAAGAAGAUUUCCCCUCCACACAACCUGACAAUCUACUUUGGAACAGCCUACUACAGUCUACAAAGAGCAUUCGUGGAAUAUGUGCUUACCAGCCCAGUGGCCAAAGACCUGUUGGAAUGGUCCAAGGAUACCUACAGCCCAGAUGAGCAUUACUGGGUAACCCUUAACCAUGUGGAAGAUGCCCCUGGCAGUAAUGUAAAUGCUGGCUGGGAGGGUAACAUUCGGGCCAUUAAAUGGAGAGACCAAGAAGGAAUAGUACAUCAAGGCUGUAAUGGAAGUUACAUCAGGGAUAUCUGCAUCUACAGCGUUGAGGAUUUACCCUGGAUAAUUGAGAGGAACAGCAUGUUUGCUAACAAGCUUGACAGCACUAGCUAUCCUGAAGCUCUGGACUGCCUGGAACAGUGGCAAAGGCACAAAGUCCUACAGCAGGCAACGGUGCCCAUUCAGUUAUCAUGGAAACUUGCAACAGAAGUCAAUAUUAGUAGUGCCACAGUAGAAGGUGGAAUAAAAAAACAACAACCAAGAGAUAAUGUCACAGUAAAGACUGCCAAUAAAUUCUUACACUAAAUUAUUAUCUAUACAGUUCAGCAUAAAAUAUUUAAUCUAUGGAUACAAUUCGUAGAAAUGUUAUUUAGAAUUGUUUUAUGUUUAUUCUAUUGUGGCAUCAUUAAAUUGUUAUGGAACUUCAAAAGGAGUAUUAAGAAUUCUGACAACUGAAUAUUUACUGCUCAUGGUUAUGCAAGUGUUACUUAUAAACUGUGAAUUUGCCAUAUAUCACAACAGAAACUAUAGAGAUAAGCAGAAGCAGAGGUGGAGUUAAUAUUUUGCCUUUCAUAAAUGCUUUGCUUUGGAUAUUGUAAAAAGCAUUAUUCCUGUUUCUUGACCAGACUUGGCAUUGGCCUUUUGUUUACAAUGAACAUAAUUCAAAUUACCAGUUAAGCUGAUGGUUAUGUUCAACUAUAUAUUUUCUACUAUAUAAGGUCUGAAAACUACAGGUUUUCUGGAUCUGAAACAUGUUUCUCUUUUGUGUGCAUCUCAACCAAAAAUAAGCUGUAGUAUUUUAAAGUUUCCCCAAAAGUUAAAAAGAGAAAAUAGCAUUUACAGAUUUCCUUCCAAUUCCACAAUCAGUAUAUUUACAUGGACAACAAUAUCUGAUAUUAACCCGAUUAAGACGAUACUCUGAUUAAAAAACUAGCAUGUAAACAACGAUUAUUGAUUAACUUAAUCCAGCUAAAGUCAUACUUGAAGUAAACACAAAUCAAAUUAAGACGUGGAGUAAUCCUAUCUUAGUCGCAUUAUCGAUGCGCAUUAUAGACAUGUACACACCUUAAUCACGCUAUUAACGUCGUGUGGGAGUUUUCACCACAUUUUGCGACAGGACACGCACACACACGGCAGUGCUCAAACAUUUGACAGCAAACAAGAGAGCACGGCUGGGUCCCAAACUGCGUACUUACCUACUAUAUAGUAUCUGAAAAACAUGUAAGUAUGUGGUUUCGGAUGCAGCCCACGGCUUCAAGCAGUUGUCUAUUUGCAUGUACAGCAUGACGAAUAAUUAACUGCACUUGAAGCUUUCGUAAAAUUUUUAAUUAAACACCCAAAACUGUAUAUGGUACCAUAA